UUUAUACAAUAACUAUGAUCGCUUUGAUAAGGAGUGCUUUCGUAAUUGCAGAUUUUUAUUCUAAAAGUGAUUUCAUCAACGAGAAUUACAACAGUAACGAUUCUCAAUCAUUUAUUGGUG